UUGAAUAUGCUCAUUUCAGGUUAUUACUCCAUUCCAGCACUCACAGGAGAAAAGAAAUAUAUGGUUGUUUAGUUCUAUACCGUUGACAUUUGUCUCCUACAAAAGUCUGUAACAUAUGACGAGAUUUUCUCAUAAGUUUAGAUUGCGUAAAAAAUCAUGAAAACGUUUGCGCCUGCGUUGUGAACUAUCACGCAUGCGCAUACGUGACGUUGUGAUGUUUCGAGCAGUAGGCCAUUACGUCUGUGAUGUUUUGUAAACUUUUCUUAAGAACAACGAGCGCAUGAGAGUUUCACCUUUGUUUAUUGUUUGAUAUUUUUUUUCAGUUGUUUAGUUUUCGUUCGAGUUUAAAGCUUAGUAAUGGAAGAAAGAAAGAGUAAAAAAUAUAUUUCGUCUGACGAAGAAGACGAAGAAACUGAGGAAGAGGAAAGUGAUUCCAGCAAUAGUGAUGACAGCUCAUCCAGUAGUUCCAGCGAUGCGAAGCCAAACUACCAGCAAAGUUGCUCGUCAUCAGAAGCUUCUUCCGUGGAUGAAGAACAACUUUGUCCUGCCGCGAGACUGUUAGUUUGUAACCGGCGACACCAAGUUCACUCCUCAGCCCGCAAAAAAUCCUCAAGUCGCAAGAAAUCCCCAGUACGCAAAUCCUCAUCAGAAAGCAAAUCGUCUAAGACACGUCGGAAAAAUUCCACCGUGACGAACACCGCAACUCAAACUUUCCAGGAAGGGGAUGACUCAGACAACGAGCGUGACAUCGUGAGCAAGAAUCAAAGAAAUCAUCAUCAAGGCUUGGAUUCCAGCACGCAGCGGAAAAAAUCUAAAAGCAAGAAGUCAAAAGACCGGAAACACAGCGUUGAAAAAUUAACGAACCAUCAUUCCCGCAGCUUGCAAGAGCGUCUGACGCGAGCCCAAGAACAUUCGGAAACUCAAACUGAACGUGAAGCUGAACUCUGCACCUCUAGCGAAGACCACGUCCGAAGAAAAUCAUCAAUGGCGGGACGAAUGAGUUCUUCGUUUAUGCAAGAGAAGCCAAUUAAGGAGGAGGAUGAGGAAGAGGAUAAUAGGACACCUGAGGAUGACGAACGACCGAUCAGAGGCAUGAGUAACCUGAAGGUGCGGGAGGAUACCCUGGAUGGGGCGGAGGCUCCUGACCAUGAUCCUCCCCAGCGGAGAAGGACGCUCGAGGAUAUCUCCAUCACGGAACUCAGCGCUCUGAGGGCAGAGCUACCACCAGAGUACCCCGAAGACACGUCGCCCCCCACGCUGCUGCCGUGCGUGUCCUGCUCCCGAACCUUCAACCCGGCGGCCCUCGACCGCCAUAGGAAGGUCUGCCAGAAGAUGGCCAAGACCAACAAGAAGAAGCAGAUAUUCAACGCCCACACGCAGAAGUUUGAGCCCGAGGACCCCUUGUCCCCCUCAAGUGGGCGAGCCACGACCCCCGAGCGGGGGUUACCUGGGGCAGCCCCCACCCCCUCCAACAAGAAGAGCUCCCGCUGGAGGGAGAAACAUCAGGAGUUCCUGCGCACCAUUAGAGCUGCUAGGGGCGCCCCUGAGGGCGACGCAGACGCAGGAGCACCCACCUCUCUAGUGCCAUCAGACUACGUGCAGAAGGCAUUGUGUGCUGCUCUUUCCUUAAUUUCCGCUCGCUCUAACACCUUUAUUUGUCCUCAGUAUGUGCCCCCCAAGCCGGGACAGAGCGGGUGGCGCGCCCCCAAGAAAACAGACGUCAUCUCUUCCAUUCCCCCGCCAUCCACGUCUGAUCGCAAGAUCAGUCCUCCUCCCCUGAUCCCCAGCCGUAGGGGAGUUACGACAUCCCCAUCACUGCAGCGCAGAGGUACAUCCCCAGCACCACUGUCGCGGCAGCACAGCACAGCGUCGCUGGGACGCUCCGCCGCUCGUAGCUUCUCAUCGAUCCUUCAGGCCGUUGGAGGAAGCUACUCGAGUCCGUACGGACAGCGUCACAGCGUGGGCGGCUCACAGAGCGGCUACGCCACACCCUCCUGCUACAGCGCCUACGGCGUCACUGGAUCGCAGACGCCGAGCCUGACUCGCUCAGGGUCGUUCUCAGGCUCGGCCGCGGGUCAGCCGUUCGUACGCUCCGCGUCCCUGCGCGUCGCCUCCUCCAGACGCGCGUCAGGGGAGCGUAAGGCGCGCCGGCGCGACCUUGCCUCUGACAUGCUUGCCAGCGUGUGCCUGAGCUCGUCCCCCGCGCGCGGGGAGCCUGAAGGCGACGAGGCUGACGACUUCACGUCCAGGGAGACGACGCUGUCACCGCCGCCCUUCUCCAAGUCUCAUUUGGAUUCAUCGUUUGACUUGGAUUUUGACGUCCACAAGUAUGAUGCGAUCAAGUACGACUCGGCGAAGUAUGACACGACAAAAUACGACUCGUCCAAGUAUGACUCGACGAAGUAUCAGUCGUCCAAGUAUGACUCUGGCAAGAAGGAUCUUGGCUUAGAUUUCUACGACCCUUACUCGGCCGCGGAGAUGCAAAUGCAAGCACUUCUUGGCCCAACAUUUGGUGGAGGAACAUGCAAGGACGACAACGACCGAGGCAGUGGCCUGGGAGCCGCUGGAAUGGGCAUAGGAAAUCUUGGGACUUUUUCAACUAACUCGAGAAAACUGUCUGACACUUUGCUUAAUUCUGAAGAACGUCCCUCAAAGCUCAAGAUUAUUACCCCUACGAGCCCCGCUCCUUUGCGGUUUCAUAGACAGACUCUGUCAUCUUCGCCCGAGACUUCGGAUAUUUUGUCCCCAACCCCCUUUGGGGCUGGAGACUCGUCAAAUGAUAAACGCUUUUGGAGACGCUCCCCCAGUCCUCCCAUCUCCAGGGACCGCUGGAGUCCUUCACCCAAGUCCCCAGCCCACACUUGGACCCCCACCAGAAGGAGCCCCAACAGGGAGGACCGCCUGAGCAUCACUUCUUUCUCGGGCGGGUCUCGAGACAGCAGUCGCAGUGGCACGGCCGUCGGCAAAGAAACAUUAACGAAGAAGAACGAACUGAGGGACGACCGCUUGAGCUCAGCGCCUCUUAGGGGGAACUUAUCCCUGCCCUCCAACCCUAAGAAAUACGAGCAUUUGGCCGCAGGUUCCACGAUCAGCGAAGCCUCUCCAUCUUGGCGGGAAGGCAGAAAUGGCAGCUCAAGCAUUGAGGAUUCUUCUCGGACCUCUACGGGGUUAUCUGCUUCUAGUAGAUUCGUUUCAUCUGCCUCUGGAGAUUCUGGAUCCACGAGAUUUGGUUUCUCUUCAGCUGGAGGCUCCAGAUUCGGUUCCACGAGCAUCGGCACCACUGCUCGUGCCUCUGUUUCAUCCUCAUUGAUCUCGCCCACCGGCCUGCGGACGGAAGGCAACGGCGCCGCGGAGUCCCGUGAUGACCACAAAUUUUCUAACGAGGAAACUUCGGCGUCGUCGUUCAAGGCCCUCAGAUUGGCGCUCAGUGGGGACCGCCGAGACCAGAGGCCUGAAGCGUCCCCCUUCACGAUAAGAAAAUCCAGCGGCUCUUCGAGUGACUCUUCUCUUCCCCCACUGUCUUCCCCCAUGUCCCCCACCACCCCCGCCAAGUCCGUUAGAGGGGACACAGUAGGGGGACAUGGUCCCCUCGUUACCCCCAGAUUAGGUCCUGCCAUCACCGAGCCUGUUGAGGCCCGAGGGUCAACAUUUAGUAGGGAACACUCGCCCAGCGAGACCUUGCAGGAUGUCAUAUCAAGUCUAACUGCAAUAGGCAACUCACCGACCCCAAAUAGACUGGAUGUCAAUUCUGGUGGAUAUAAAUCUACAUUUUCUGAACCGAAAGCCUCUAAAUUAUCCAGUUUGUCCGACGCCAAAAGCCUAAACGUCGGGAAUUCCAAGAACCUGUUUAAUGCUUCCACCACUUCCAAGGCUUCCAUUGACAAUGCUAGGAAUCUUGCAGACUCAGCAAAAGGUGAUGACGGCGCCCCCAGAUUCUGCUAUGAGUGUGGCCACAAGUACCCGCUGACUCUGGCAAAAUUCUGCUGCCACUGUGGAUCCCGCAGAGCUCCUGCGUCUGCGCUACACUGACGUAGCUCUGCUGCUGCGGCAGCAGACUGACGCAGCCGUGUUUGCAGACUCGAGGUUAUCUUCGAGCAGUGAAACUAGCGUCUAUAAGGAGGCUUGUGCACGAGGACGGACAAUAGUGGCCGCCAUUAUUUCUUUUGAACGCUAGCCGCCACUAGUUGUCUUGCUCUUGGUCUCGUGUAAAGAAUUACCGAGUCCUUCCGUGGUUAUUAGCUCUUAUACACAAGACCAUAGCUGUGAUGGUGGCGGUUAUCAUUUGAAAGUUGCACUGGCCGCCACUGCUGACCUUAUGACAAGUUUAGGACUUCUUAGUCCACGGUCACGCUGAUGCGCCGCUGUCCCCAUGUACAAGCACCUUAUUAUACAGCUAACCUUAAAUGAACAGUCAUGAACGAUACGGAAUAUAGCCAGACUGUGGUGUCGGAACGCAGUUAUUUUGAAGCAGAUCAAAGAAUGAGUUGUCCAAUCUAAUCACUAGUGGGCGGACCUAAUCAGUUACUGUGUGAGCAAUAUUCUACUAAUAUUUUAUAUUAUUAAAAGGUUCAAUUGACAAGCAAUUACAAUGUCUCGAAAUGUCUUUUUCAUCCUGCCAUAUUAAUUUUUCUCAGUGUACAUAAAUAUAUUGCCAACAUUGAUA